AUGACCCAAUUCAGACUAUAUCUAUCAGAUAGCUCUAAAAUAAAUUUAGAUGCAUUGAGAGAUUUGGCUAUCAUGUUAUAUAGAAUUCAUGAAAAACCCAUUAUUUUAAUUGUAGAGGACUACGAUAUCAAUAUUACAGGGGCAGCAGAUAUGGAGCAACGACAUAAAAUGAUACGCCUUAUAAUAGAGAUGUUGAAUCCUCUAGUUUACCGUCCUAGAUAUAUCGAAAAAUUAAUUAUAACUGGAGUUUGUUAUGAUCCGCUAAUUGAGAUAUUUAGCGGGGCACCUUUUGCUCCUUUUACUGUUUUGAAUAAUUAUUUCUCUGAUUUUUUUGGUUUUACAGAAUAUGAAAUUGACAAAUUACUUGAAUCUCAUUUGGUUUAUAUAGCACGCAUGCCGAGCUAAUAGAGCAGAAAAAUCUUAUAAAACAAUGA